AUGAGUUCAAGUUUAAUUAGUUCAAGCUCAUGCAGUUCCAGUAUCAAGAGCUUAACCUCAUUCAGUUCAAGCUUUUGGAAUAGCACUUACAGUUCCAGUAUUUCGAAGUCCAUCAGUUCCAACUCAGUUAUUUCCAGCUCAAGAAGUUCAAGCUUCAGCAGUUCAAGCUUCAGCAGUUUAAGCUUCAGUAGUUUAAUCUCAAGCAGUGCUGGCAUCUACACUUCAACCUACAGUAAUUCAACCUUCAGUAGUUCAAUCUCAAGCAGUGCCAGCAGCAACACUUCAAGCUUCAGUAGUUCAAGCUUCAGAAGUUUAAUCUCAAGCAGUGCCAGCAGCUACACUUCAAGAUUCAGCCGUUCAAGCUUCAGCCGUUCAAGCUUCAGUAGUUUCAUCUCAAGCAGUGCCAGCAGCUACACUUCAAGCUUCAGCCGUUCAAGCUUCAGCAGUUCAAGCUUCAGUAGUUUAAUCUCAAGCAGUGCCAGAAGCUACACUUCAAGCUUCAGCAGUCUAAGCUUCAGCCGUUCAACCUUUAAUAGUUUAAUCUCAAGCAGUGCCAGCAGCUACACUUCAAGCUUCAGCAGUUCAAGCUUCAGUAGUUUAAUCUCAAGCAGUACCAGCAGCUACACUUCAAGCUUCAGCAGUCCAAGCUUCAGCCGUUCAAGCUUCAAUAGUUCAAUCUCAAGCAGUGCCAGCAGCUACACUUCAAGCUUCAGACGUUCAAGCUUCAGAAGUUCAAGCUUCAGUAGUUUAAUCUCAAGCAGUGCCAGCAUCUACACUUCAAGCUUCAGUUGUUCAAGCUUCAGUAGUUUAAUCUCAAGCAGUACCAGCAGCUACACUUCAAGCUUCAGCCGUUCAAGCUUCAUCAGUUCAAGCUUCAGUAGUUUAAUCUCAAGCAGUGCCAGCAGCUACACUUCAAGCUUCAGCAGUCAAAGCUUCAGCCGUUCAAGCUUCAAUAGUUCAAUCUCAAGCAGUGCCAGCAGCUGCACUUCAAGCUUCAGUCGUUCAAGAUUCAGCAGUUCAAGCUUCAGAAGUUUAAUCUCAAGCAGUCCCAGCAGCAACACUUUGAGCUUCAGCAGUUCAAGCUUCAGAAGUUUAAAAUCAAGCAGUGCCAGCAGCUACACUUCAAGCUUCAGCAGUUCAAGCUUCAGCCGUUCAAGCUUCAGUAGUUUAAUCACAAGCAGUGCCAGCACAUACACUUCAAGCUUCAGCCGUUCAACCUUCAGCAGUUCAAGCUUCUGUAGUUUAAUCUCAAGCAGUGCCAGCAGCUGCACUUCAAGCUUAAGCCGUUCAAGCUUCAGUAGUUCAAGGUUCAGUACUUUAAUCUCAAGCAGUGCCAGCAGCUACACUUCAAGCUUCAGCAGUCUAAGCUUCAGCCGUUCAAGCUUCAAUAGUGCAAUCUCAAGCAGUGCCAGCAGCUGCACUUCAAGCCUCAGCCGUUCAAGCUUCAGCAGUUCAAGCCUCAGAAGUUUAAUCUCAAGCAGUCCCAGCAGCUACACUUCAUGCAUCAGCAGUCCAAGCUUCGGCAGUUCGAGCUUCAGUAGUUUAAUCUCAUGCAGUGCCAGCAGCUACACUUCAAGCUUCAGCUGUUCAAGCUUCAGCAGUUCAAGCUUUAGUAAUUUAAUCUCAAGCAGUGCCAGCAUCUACACUUCAAGCUUCAGCCGUUCAAGCUUCGGCAGUUCGAGCUUCAGUAGUUUAAUCUCAUGCAGUGCCAGCAGCUACACUUCAAGCUUCAGCCGUUCAAGCUUCAGUAGUUUGAUCUCAAGCAGUGCCAGCAGCUACACUUCAAGCUUCAGCAGUCAAAGUUUCAGCUGUUCAAGCUUCAAUAGUUCGAUCUCAAGCAGUGCCAGCAGCUACACUUCAAGCUUCAACCGUUCAAGCUUCAGUAGUUUAAUCUCAAGCAGUGCCAGCAGCUACACUUCAAGCUUCAGCCGUUCUAGCUUCAGCAGUUCAAGCUUAAGUAGUUUAAUAUCAAGCAGUGCCAGAAGCUACACUUCAAGCUUCAGCCGUUCAAGCUUUACUAGUUUAAUCUUAAGCAGUGCCAGCAUCUACACUUCAAGCUUCAGCCGUUCAAGCUUCAGCAGUUCAAGCUUCAGUAGUUUAAUCUCGAGCAGUGCCAGCAGCAACACUUCAAGCUUCAGCAGUCUAAGCAUUAGCCGUUCAAGCUUCAAUAGUUCAAUCUCAAGCAGUGCCAGCAGCUACACUUCAAGCUUCAGUCGUUCAAGCUUCAGCAGUUCAAGCUUCAGAAGUUUAAUCUCAAGCAGUCCCAGUAGCUACACUUCGAGCUUCAGCAGUUCAAGCUUUAGUAGUUUAAUCUCUAGCAGUGCCAGCAUCUACACUUCAAGCUUCAGCCGUUCAAGCUUCAACAGUUCAACUUUCAGUAGUUUAAUCUCAAGCAGUCCCAGUAGUUACACUUCAAACUUCAGCAGCUCAAACUUCAGUAGUUUAAUCUCAAGCACUACCAGCAGCUACACUUCAAGCUUCAGCCGUUCAAGCUUCAGCAGUUCAAGCUUCAGUAGUUUAAUCUCAAGCAGUGCCAGCAUCUACACUUCAAGCUUCAGCCGUUCAAGCUUCGGCAGUUCGAGCUUCAGUAGUUUAAUCUCAUGCAGUGCCAGCAGCAACACUUCAAGCUUCAGCCGUUCAAGCUUCAGUAGUUUGAUCUCAAGCAGUGCCAGCAGCUACACUUCAAGCUUCAGCAGUCAAAGUUUCAGCUGUUCAAGCUUCAAUAGUUCAAUCUCAAGCAGUGCCAGCAGCUACACUUCAAGCUUCAGCCGUUCAAGCUUCAGUAGUUUAAUCUCAACCAGUGCCAGCAGCUACACUUCAAGCUUCAGCCGUUCUAGCAUCAGCAGUUCAAGCUUAAGUAGUUUAAUAUCAAGCAGUGCCAGCACCUACACUUCAAGCUUCAGCCGUUCAAGCUUCAGUAGAUUAAUCUCAAGCAGUGCCAGCAGCUACACUUCAAGCUUCAGCCGUUCUAGCAUCAGCAGUUCAAGCUUAAGUAGUUUAAUCUUAAGUAGUGCCAACAUCUACACUUCUAGCUUCAGCCGUUCAAGAUUCAGCAGUUCAAGAUUCAGUAGUUUAAUCUCAAGCAGUGCCAGCAGCAACACUUCAAACUUCAGCAGUCUAAGCAUCAGCCGUUCAAGCUUCAAUAGUUCAAUCUCAAGCCGUGCCAGCAGCUGCACUUCAAGCUUCAGCCGUUCAAGCUUCAGCAGUUCAAGCUUCAGAAGUUUAAUCUCAAGCAGUCCCAGUAGCUACACUUCGAGCUUUAGCAGACCAAGCUUCAGUAGUUUAAUCUCAAGCAGUGCCAGCAUCUACACUUCAAGCUUCAGCCGUUCAAGCUUCAGCAGGUCAACCUUCAGUAGUUUAAUCUCAAGCAGUGCCAGCAGCUACACUUCAAACUUCAGCAGUUCAAGCUUCAGUAGUUUAAUCUCAAGCAGUACCAGCAGCUACACUUCAAGCUUCAGCCGUUCAAUCUUCAGUAGUUUAUUCUCAUGCAGUGCCAGUAGCUACACUUCAUUCUUCAGCCGUUCAAGCUUCAGUAGUUCAAUCUCAAGCAGUACCAGCAGGUUCACUUCAAGCUUCAGCAGUUCAAGCUUCAGUAGUUUAAUCUCAAGCAGUACCAGCAGCUACACUUCAAGCUUCAGCAGUUCAAGCUUCAGAAGUUUAAUCUCAAGCACUGCCAGCAUCUACACUUCAAGCUUCAGCCGUUCAAGCUUCAGCAGUUCAAGCUUCUGUAGUUUAAUCUCAUGCAGUGCCAGCAGCUACACUUCAAGCUUCAGCCGUUCAAGCUUCAGUAGUUCAAUCUCAAGCAGUGCCAGCAGCUACACUUCAAGCUUCAGCCGUUCAAGCUUCAGCAGUUCAAGCUUCAGAAGUUUAAUCUCAAGCAGUCCCAGCAACUACACUUCGAGCUUCAGCAGUCCAAGCUUCAGUAUUUUAAUCUCAAGCAGUACCACCAGCUACAUUUCAAGCUUCAGCCGUUUAAGCUUCAGCAGUUCAAGCUUCAGAAGUUUAAUCUCAAGCAGUCCCAGCAACUACACUUCGAGCUUCAGCAGUCCACGCUUCAGUAGUUUAAUCUCAAGCAGUACCAACAGCUACAUUUCAAGCUUCAGCCGUUUAAGCUUCAGCAGUUCAAGCUUCAGAAGUUUAAUCUCAAGCAGUGCCAGCAUCUACACUUCAAGCUUCAACAGUUCAAGCUUCAGUAGUUUAAUCUCAUGCAGUGCCAGCAGCUACACUUCAAGCUUCAGCCGUUCAAGCUUCAGUAGUUCAAUCUCAAGCAGUGCCAGCAGCUACACUUCAAGCUUCAGCCGUCUAAGCAUCAGCCGUUCAAGCUUCAAUAGUUCGAUCUCAAGCAGUGCCAGCAGCUACACUUUAAGCUUCAGUAGUUUAAUCUCAAGCAGUGCCAGCAUCUACACUUCAAGCUUCAGCCGUUCAAGCUUCAGUAGUUCAAUCUCAAGCAGUGCCAGCAGCUACACUUCAAGACUCAGCAGUCUAAACAUCAGCCGUUCAAGCUUCAAUAGUUCAAUCUCAAGCAGGGCCAGCAGCUGCACUUCAAGCUUCAGCCGUUCAAGCUUCAGCAGUUCAAGCUUCAAAAGUUUAAUCUCAAGCAGUCCCAGCAACUAUACUUCGAGCUUCAGCAGUCCAAGCUUCAGUAGUUUAAUCUCAAGCAGUGCCAGCUGCUACACUUCAAGCUUCAGCAGUUCAAGCUUCAGUAGUUUAAUCUCAAGCAGUGCCAGCAGCCACAACUCAAGCUUCAGCAGUUCAAGCUUUAUUAGUUUAAUCUCAAGCAGUGCCAGCAUCUACUUUUCAAGCUUCAGCCGUUCAAGCUUCAGCAGUUCAACCUUCAGUAGUUUAAUCUCAAGCAGUGCCAGCAGCUACACUUCAAACUUCAGCAGUUCAAGCUUCAGUAGUUUAAUCUCAAGCAGUACCAACAGCUACAUUUCAAGCUUCAGCCGUUUAAGCUUCAGCAGUUCAAGCUUCAGUAGUUUAAUCUCAAGCAGUGCCAGCAUCUACACUUCAAGCUUCAGCCGUUCAUGCUUCAGCAGUUCUAGCUUCAGUAGUUUUAUCUCAUGCAGUGCCAGCAGCUACACUUCAAGCUUCAGCCGUUCAAACUUCAGUAGUUUAAUCUCAAGCAGUGCCAGCAGCUACACUUCAAGCUUCAGCAGUCCAAGCUUCAGUAGUUUAAUCUCAGGCAGUACCAGCACGUUUACUUCAAGCUUCAGCAGUUCAAGCUUCAGUAGUUUAAUCUCAAGCAGUACCAGCACCUACACUUCAAGCUUCAACAGUCAAAGCAUCAGCCGUUCAAGCAUCAAUAGUUCAAUCUCAAGCAGUGCCAGCAGCUACACUUCAAGCUUCAGCCGUUCAAGCUUUAGUAGUUUAAUCUCAAGCAGUGCCAGCAUCUACACUUCAAGCUUCAGUAGUUUGAUCUCAUGCAGUUCCAGCAGCUACACUUCAAGCUUCAGCCGUUCAAGCUUCAGCAGUUCAAGCUUCAGUAGUUUGAUCUCAUGCAGUGCCAGCAGCUACACUUCAAGCUCCAGCCGUUCAAGGUUCAGCAGUUCAAGCUUCAGCAGUUCAAGCUUCAGAAGUUUAAUCUCAAGCAGUCCCAGUAGCUACACUUCGAGCUUCAGCAGUCCAAGCUUCAGUAGUUUAAUAUCAAGCAGUGCCAGCAGCUACACUUCAAGCUUCAGUAGUUUAAUCUCAAGCAGUACCAGCAGCUACACUUCAAGCUUCAGCCGUUCAAGCUUCAGCAGUUCAAGCUUCAGUAGUUUAAUCUCAAGCAGUACCAGCAGCUACACUUCAAGCUUCAGCAGUCCAAGCUUCAGCCGAUCAAGCUUCAAUAGUUCAAUCUCAAGCAGUGCCAUCAGCUACACUUCAAGCUUCAGCCGAUCAAGCUUCCGCAGUUCAAGCUUCAGUAGUUUAAUCUCAAGCAGUACCAGCAUCUACACUUCAAGCUUCACCCGUUCAAGCUUUAGCAGUUCAUGCUUCAGUAGUUUAAUCUCGUGCAGUGCCAGCAGCUACACUUCAAGCUUCAACAGUCCAAGCUUAAGCCGUUCAAACUUCAAUAGUUCAAUCUCAAGCAGUGCCAGCAGCUACACUUCAAGCUUCAGCCGUUCAAGCUUCAGUAGUUUAAUCUCAAGCAGUGCCAGCAUCUACACUUCAAGCUUCAGCCGUUCAAACUUCAGCAGUUCAAUCUUCAGUAGUUUAAUCUCAAGCAGUGCCAGCAGCUACACUUCAAGCUUCAGCAGUCAAAGCUUCAGCCGUUCAAACUUCAAUAGUUCAAUUUUAAGCAGUGCUAGCAGCUGCACUUCAAGCUUAAGCAGUGCUAGCAGCUGCACUUCAAGCUUCAGCGGUUCAAGCUUCAGCAGUUCAAGCUUCAGAAGUUUAAUCUCAAGCAGUCCCAGCAGCUACACAUCGAGCUUUAGCAGUCCAAGCUUCAGUAGUUUAACCUCAAGCAGUGCCAGCAGCUACACUUCAAGCUUCAGUAGUUUAAUCUCAAGCAGUACCAGCAGCUACACUUCAAACUUCAGCCGUUCAAGCUUAAGCAGUUCAAGCUUCAGUAGUUUAAUCUCAAGCAGUACCAGCAGCUACACUUCAAGCUUCAGCAGUUCAAGCUUCAGAAGUUUAAUCUCAAGCAGUCCCAGCAGCUACACUUCGAGCUUCAGCAGUCUAAGCUUCAGUAGUUUAAUCUCAAGCAGUGCCAGCAGCUACAUUUCAAGCUUCAGCAGUUCAAGCUUCAGUAGUUUAAUCUCAAGCAGUACCAGCAGCUACACUUCAAGCUUCAGCAGUCAAAGCUUCAGCAGUUCAAGCUUCAGUAGUUUAAUCUCAAGCAGUGCCAGCAGCUACAUUUCAAGCUUCAGCAGUUCAAGCUUCAGUAGUUUAAUCUCAAGCAGUACCAGCAGCUACACUUCAAGCUUAAGCCAUUCAAGCUUUAAUAGUUCAAUCUCAAGCAGUACCAGCAGCUACACUUCAAGCUUCAGCUGUUCAAGCUUCAGCAGUUCAAGCUUCAGAAGUUUAAUCUCAAGCAGCCCGAGCAGCUACACUUCAAGCUUCAGCAGUUCAAGCUUCAGUAGUUUAAUCUCAAGCAGUACCAGCAGCUACAAUUCAAGCUUCAGCCGUUCAAGCUUCAGCAGUUCAAGCUUCAGUAGUUUAAUCUCAAGCAGUGCUAGCAGCUACACUUCAAGCUUCAGCUGUUCAAGCUUCAGCAGUUCAAGCUUCAGAAGUUUAAUCUCAACCAAUGGUAGCAUCAACAUUUUAAGCUCCAGUAGUUCAAGCUUCAGCCGUUCAAGCUUCAGCAGUGCCAACAUCUACACUUCAAGCAUCAGAAGUUCAAGCUUUAACAGUUCAAGUUUCAGUAGUUUAAUCUCAACCAGUGCUAGCAUCACUUCAAGCUUCAGUAGUUCAAGCUUCAGCCGUUCAAGCUUCAGCAGUGCCAGCAUCUACACUUCAUGGAUCAGAAGUUCAAGCUACAGCAGUUCAAGCUACAGCAGUUCAAGCUACAGCAGUUCAAGCUUCGUAAGUUUAAUCUCAAGCAGUGCCAGCAGCUACACUUCAAGCUUCAACAGUUCAAGCUUCAGUAGUUUUAUCUCAAGCAGUUCUAGCAUCAACACUUCAAGCUUCAGCAGUUCAAGCUUCAGCCGUUCAAGCAUCAGAAGUUCAAACUUCAGCCGUUCAAGCUUCAGCAGUUCUAGGUUCAGUAGUUUAAUCUCAAGCAGUGCCAGCAGCUACACGUCAAGCUUCAGCCGUUCAAGAUUCAGCACUUCAAGCUUCAGUAGUUUAAUCUCAAGCAAUGCCAGCAGCUACACUUCAAACUUCAGCCGUUCAAGCUUCAGCAGUUCAAGCUUCAGUAGUUUAAUCUCAAGCAGUGCCAGCAGCUACACUUCAAGCUUCAGUUGUUCAAGCUUCAGCAGUUCAAGCUUCAGUAGUUUAAUAUCAAGCAGUGCCAGCAUCUGCACUUCAAGCUUCAGCAGUUCAAGCUUCAGUAGGUUAAUCUCAAGCAGUGCCAGCAUCUACACUUCAAGCUUCAGCAGUUCAAGCUUCAGUAGGUUAAUCUCAAGCAGUGUCAGCAUCUUCACUUCAAGCUUCAGAAGUUCAAGCUUCAGAAGUUCAAGCUUCAGCAGUUCAAGCUUCAGCAGUUCAAGCUUCAGCAGCUUAAUCUCAAGCAGUGUCAGCAUCUUCACUUCAAGCUUCAGCAGUUCAAGCUUCAGUAGGUUAAUCUCAAGCAGUGCCAGCAUCUACACUUCAAGCUUCAGAAGUUCAAGCUUCAGAAGUUCAAGCUUCUGCAGUUCAAGCUUCAGCAGUUCAAGCUUCAGCCGUUCAAGUUUCAGUAGUUUAAUCUCUAGCAGUGCUAGCAGCUACACUUCAAGCUUCAGCAGUCCAAGCUUCAGUAGUUUAAUCUCUAGCAGUGCGAGCAGCUACACUUCAAGCAUCAGCAGUUCAAGCUUCAGCAGUUCAAUCUUCAGCUGUUCAAGCUUCAGUAGUUUAAUCUCUAGCAGUGCUAGUAGCUACACUUCAAGCUUGAGCAGUCCCACCUUCAGUAGUUUAAUCUCUAGCAGUGCCAGCAGCUACACUUCAAGCUUCAGCAGUGCCAGCAUCUACACUUCAAGCUUCAGCAGUUCAAGCUUCAGCCGUUCAAGCUUAAGCAGUGCCAGCAUCUACACUUCAAGCAUCAGAAGUUCAAGAUUCAACAGUUCAAGCUUCAGCAGUUUAAUCUCAAGCAUCAAGACUUCAAGCUUCAGUAGUUCAAGCUUCAGUCGUUCAAGCAUCAGAAGUUUAAUCUCUAGCAGUGCUAGCAUCUACACUUCAAGCUUCAGCAGUUCAAGCUUCAGUCGUUCAAGCUUUAGCAGUUUAAUCUCAAGCAGUGCCAGCAUCUACAGUUCAAGCUUCAGCCGUUUAAUCUCAAGCAGUGCCAUCAUCUACACUUCAAGCUUCAGCAGUUCAAGCUUCCGCCGUUCAAGCUUGAGCAGUUCCAUAUCAAUCAUAUUUCAAGACUCUGUGGAACAAGUUACAGCAGUUCAAGCUACAGUUCAAGCCUAA